GAAAAUAUUUGUUUCAUCGAACGAAAUGGCUGAGCAUCCACGUAGUUGUCUUUCGGACGGCGAAGAAGAGCCUGAUGAUAGUCAGAUCGACCAUCCUAUCCGUGACGAUGAUGCCGACGGUCGCAAGUAUGUCUUCGAUGAAUUUGACGUUGUCGCAAAAGAAAAGACCUCUUCCGGAACUUUUGGGAGAGAAUGCAUGAAGGUUUAUUUACGAGCACGGCCAUUUAGUAGCGAAGAACUCGAGGCAAACGAAGAUCAACAAUGCGUAGAGAGAGAAAGCCGUACCGCGGUUUUGAUGAACGCGCCAAAGGAAUCGUUCGUAUGCAAAAACAGCACUCGCACUGGCGGUGAGAUUUCGCACCGAUUUUUGUUCACAAAUGUGUUUAGUGAGGAUACAAAGCAGAAAGAGUUCUUCGAUGAAACAACUCUUCCUCUUGUGACGGACUUUAUAAACGGACAAAAUUGUUUGGUUUUCACCUACGGGGCGGCAAACUCGGGAAAGACUUACACAAUUCAGGGAACCCCCAAAGAUGGUGGGAUUCUACCUCGAAGUCUCGAUGUGCUGUUCAACAGUAUAGCGGGAAAGAGUUAUGAGAGAAUGAACCUCAAACCAAGAUUCUUCACAGAUAUUAUUAGGCUUACAGAUGACGAGGAACAGAAGGAGAAUAAUUUCAAGAGUGCGUUACUCUCGUCUUCCACUGAUAAUAAGGAGAAUGUCUCCAGGGUUGCAGAUGACACCACAAUCAAUGUAGAUACGCAAGGACCAGUUAAAUUCUCUGUUUGGGUUUCUUUCGCCGAAAUCUACAAUGAAACAAUCUUUGAUCUGUUGGAGCCAUGUCCUACAGGGAAAGGUAAAAAAAGAACAACACUCAGACUAGGUGAUGACUCAAACGGGAAUCCCUAUAUCAAAGGAUUGAGAGAAAUUUAUGUCUCCAAUGCUGAUGAAGCCUACAAGAUUUUUAGGAUUGGCCAGAAAAAUAAAAGAAUAGCUUCCACAAAGUUAAACCAAUGUUCCAGUCGUAGUCACUGUAUCUUCAGCAUUAAGGUUCUGCGAGUUGUAGAUGCUGAUGAUCCCCGCGUAGUAAGAGUUAGCAGACUUUCAUUUGGGGAUUUAGCAGGAUCUGAGCGCUACUCAAAAACCCAGAGCAAGGGAGACAGACUCAAAGAAGCUGGUAACAUCAACACCUCCUUGAUGACUUUGGGAAAAUGCCUGGAAUAUUUACGUUACAAUCAGAAAAACCCGAACCAAAAACCUAUCAUCCCAUUCCGUGAAAGUAAACUCACCAGACUGUUCCAGGGAUUUUUUUGUGGAAAAGGAAGGGCUGCUAUGAUUGUCAAUGUUAACAUGUGCGCUUCCAUGUUUGAUGAAACAUUCCAUGUAAUGAGGUUUUCGGCUAUCGCCAAAAAGGUGACCACCAGAGUGUCCAAACCAGUGGAUUUACCUCCCCCAGAAAAGAGGGCAGCUGCCUUGGCAUCUACACAACGCUCCAAACCAGCUAGGCCCUCCGUGCCAUCAAUCAAAGGGGCUCUUCAAACCCCAGCCCCUUGUGAUGAUACCCUCACAGAUGGUGAUGAAGACAUAGAGGAGGAAAGUGCCAUAAUGGAACGCAACCCUUACCAACAGCAACUUGUGGACUCAGUUCAAGUUUACCGAGAACAACUGAUUGAAGACAAACGCAAGAUGCAGACUCUGGAAAUAAAGAUACCUGAAGAAGUUUGCAAGGAAAGGGCUGAACAGCCUGUUUCCAUGAAGGAAGCCUACAGUGAACGUGUUAAAAUGGAGGUAAAGGCUGUAGAGGAAAAGUGUGAUCGCAGGAUCGAACUGCUCACGCAGUCGGUCAAGAAGUCUAGGAAAGGGGCCCGGAUCGAAAGAGCAGAAGAGGACGAUGAGGAAUGGGUGCCAAGUGUGUUUUUGAGACAUGCAGAGCAGAUUAAAGUGCGGGAGCUAGAACGACUCACAGGUGAACAGAUUGCAGAGAUUAUUGAGUUGCGCCACGAAAACAAACAACUGAAAGAAAACAUAGAAGAAGAGGCAGCGACCUCAGAGGCAGUUUUGGAAGUGCAGGCUCAUUCGAAUCACGGUAACGAGAAGGCGCAGAGCUUAAACAGAUGCUUGAAAAGGCUGGCGAGGCAUUCUCUGAGAAAGAAGCCGAAAUAAGUAAACUGUAAGCAGCACUUGUUGAACAGGAAGCUUGCAUUAAAAAACAGAUGUGUUCGAAGCGAUAGAGUCUCGACAUUACCAAC